GGCACUGGGCAUGCUCAGACGGCGGCCAGGUCGCGCCGCGAGCGAGCUUCCGCGCCGCCCGCUCGCGCGACCUACCUGGGCGCCCCGCGCCCCCGGAUGCUGCAGGUUAUUCAGCGAUAGUUAUGACCUCCGGUUACGUGCGUUGGGUGGAAGAAUUAAUAAUAUACGCACCUCAGAAUUACCCAAAGAGAAAACUCGAUCCGAAGUCAUCUGCAGCAUCCGCUUUCUAGAUGGCUUGGUACAGACCUUUAAAGCUAUAAACAAGAUACCGGUCAAGUUCUUCUGGAUAUGGUAUACAACCACUUGGGUGUGACUGAAAAGGAGUAUUUUGGUUUGCAGCAUGGCGAUGACUCAGUAGACUCUCUAAGAUGGCUGGAAUCAAGCAAACCCAUCAGGAAGCAGUUAAAAGGAGGUUUCCCCUGUACUCUGCAUUUUCGAGUAAGAUUUUUUAUACCUGAUCCCAACACACUACAGGAAGAACAAACCAGGCAUUUGUAUUUCUUACAACUGAAGAUGGAUAUUUGUGAAGGAAGGUUAACCUGCCCUCUUAACUCGGCAGUGGUUCUAGCAUCCUAUGCCGUACAAUCUCAUUUUGGAGACUAUAAUUCUUCCCUUCAUCAUCCGGGCUAUCUUUCCGACAGUCAGUUCAUCCCAGAUCAGAACGAUGACUUUUUAGCGAAGGUGGAAUCCCUCCAUGAGCAGCACAGUGGGCUAAAGCAAUCAGAAGCUGAAUCUUGCUUUAUUAACAUAGCACGGACCCUCGACUUCUAUGGAGUGGAGCUGCACAGCGGUAGGGAUCUGCACAAUUUAGAGCUAAUGAUUGGGAUCGCUUCUGCGGGCAUCGCCGUGUACCGAAAAUAUAUUUGCACAAGUUUCUAUCCUUGGGUGAACAUUCUAAAAAUUUCUUUCAAGAGGAAAAAGUUCUUUAUACAUCAGCGACAAAAACAGACUGAAUCCAGGGAACAUAUCGUGGCCUUCAACAUGUUAAAUUACCGAUCUUGCAAAAACUUGUGGAAAUCCUGUGUCGAGCAUCAUACAUUCUUUCAGGCAAAGAAGCUGCUACCUCAGGAAAAGAAUGUUCUGUCUCAGUACUGGACUAUGGGCUCUAGGAACCCCAAAAAGUCUGUAAAUAACCAGUAUUGCAAAAAGGUGAUUGGAGGGAUGGUGUGGAACCCAGCCAUGCGGAGAUCAUUAUCAGCGGAACACUUAGAAACCAAGAGCCUGCCUUCUCGGUCCCCUCCCAUCACUCCCAACUGGCGAAGUCCUCGGCUCCGGCACGAAAUCCGAAAGCCUCGGCACUCUUCUGCCGAUAACCUUGCGAACGAGAUGACCUACAUUACCGAAACCGAAGAUGUAUUUUACACGUACAAGGGCUCCCUGUCCCCAAAAGACAGUGAAUCCGAGGUUUCUCAGAACCGAAGCCCGCACCGAGAGAGUAUAUCCGAGAACAAUCCAGCACAAAGCUGCCUGACCCAGAAGUCAUCCAGUUCUGUGUCUCCAUCUUCAAAUGCUCCAGGCUCCUGCUCACCAGAUGGCGUCGAUCAGCAGUUCUUAGAGGAUUUCCACAGGGUGACCAAAGGGGGCUCCACCGAGGACUCCAGCCAGUACUACUGUGACAAGAAUGAUAAUGGUGAUGGCUAUUUAGUUUUGAUCCGCAUCACGCCAGAUGAAGAUGGAAAAUUUGGAUUUAAUCUGAAGGGAGGAGUGGAUCAAAAGAUGCCUCUUGUGGUAUCAAGGAUAAACCCAGAGUCACCUGCAGACACCUGCAUUCCUAAGCUGAAUGAAGGGGAUCAAAUUGUGUUAAUCAAUGGCCGGGAUAUCUCAGAACACACUCAUGACCAAGUGGUGAUGUUCAUCAAAGCCAGCCGGGAGUCCCACACGCGGGAGCUGGCCCUGGUGAUCAGGAGAAAAGCUGUGCACUCAUUUGCUGACAUCAAAUCUGAAGAUGAACUGAACCAGCUUUUCCCAGAGGCCAUUUUCCCCAUUUGUCCGGAGGGUGGGGACACCUUGGAGGGAUCCAUGGAACAGCUAAAGAAGGGCCUUGAAAGCGGGACAGUACUGAUCCAGUUCGAGCAACUCUACAGAAAGAAGCCCGGUCUGGCCAUAACGUUUGCAAAGCUGCCUCAAAAUUUGGACAAAAACCGAUACAAAGAUGUGCUGCCUUACGACACCACCCGGGUCUUAUUGCAGGGAAAUGAAGAUUAUAUUAAUGCGAGUUAUGUGAACAUGGAAAUUCCUGCUGCUAACCUUGUGAACAAGUACAUUGCUGCUCAGGGUCCCCUGCCACACACCUGUGCACAAUUUUGGCAAGUCGUCUGGGAUCAGAAGUUAUCACUCAUUGUCAUGUUGACGACUCUCACAGAGAGAGGGCGGGUGACUGCUCAUGUGCACCGCCCCACAGUGGAGAUUAGCUCACACCCGGUGGUUCCCUUGCAGACCAAAUGUCACCAGUACUGGCCCGAUCCUCCUGAUGUCAUGGAACACGGCAACUUUCACAUCCGAUGUCAGUCAGAGGACUGCACCAUCGCUUAUGUGUUCCGAGAAAUGCUAGUCACCAACGCGGAGACUGGGGAAGAGCACACUGUGACGCAUCUCCAGUACGUCGCAUGGCCCGACCACGGCGUUCCUGAUGACUCCUCAGACUUUCUGGAGUUUGUCAACUCUGUGAGGUCCCUGCGAGUGGAUGGUGACCCUGUGUUAGUUCACUGCAGUGCUGGAAUAGGGCGCACCGGUGUGCUGGUCACCAUGGAAACAGCCAUAUGCCUAAUUGAGAGAAACCUGCCUGUUUACCCACUGGAUGUUGUCCGGAAAAUGCGAGACCAGCGUGCCAUGAUGGUGCAGACAUCAAGCCAGUACAAGUUUGUAUGUGAAGCAAUUCUUCGUGUUUAUGAAGAAGGCUUAGUCCAAAUGCUGGAUCCCAGUUAAGACAACUGUGAAAAACGUUCAUUCCUCUUUCCCAAGGGCAUCCUCCUUAAGGACAGACGCCUCUCUGGAAGCAGCAAGAGGAAAUUUGUAGGCUGUGGGGAAGGAAUGAGCACAUUUGAAGCCAGGCACUUUAAAGUUCUAUAGAAGAGGUAUCGUGUACAUAGGAAGUGUGUAGAUACGCAUGCACUUACAGCAACAUUUAGGCCCGUUUGUCCUCAGAAAUAAGCAAAAGGGGAUCUCAGUUUGGGGCCUGUCCUAUUGCCUUCCUCCCUAGACGUCACCGUGUUCCUGUAAACCAUCCUUGGGCAAUUGAGAGGGGAGGCCAGCAGUGCUGUGGACCUCCCAGAACAAGAGGGUGUGGCUACUUGGAGUUGUUUGGAUGUUUUGUGUGUAUAUGUGUAUAGGACUCUAAGGGCUGAGCUUUCUGUGCUUCGAGGCAGAGCUGGAACUGUUCGCAUUCACCUGCCGAUGCUAAGGGAUCCCUGAUGAAUGUAUUCAGGGGUAGGGUGGUGGGAUUUCAAGCUCAAGGGCGGGCGCUACCUUUGCUGCCCCAUCUCCCUCCCACUUCCGAUAUUCGUGUUUCUGAAAAUCAUGUGCAAAAUGCCCCGCUUGCUCCCCGCAUUAAUGACCCUCUUCAGGGGCUCACACAGUGCCUGGACCAGGUUAGUGACGUAGGUUCCGGCGACUUUUCAGUUGAGACUCUGAGAACAAAGACUCCCUGGGCGUCUUGUCACCCGUCGUUAGGAGCAGGGUGCUUCGGGCUUCCGCUUGCCUCUUGCUGUCCCUGUAGAACCCAAGACUGGAAUUGUCGACUACUGAAUCUACUACAUGGAUUGCUGCUACUUCAAGCUAUUAAACUUGAAACACUACGAUUUUCCUGAGGGGAGAUGGGAUAUCAUCUUCAUAUUCAGAAUCUUUGGCCCUUCUGAGGAAAGAUCUAGUCAUGGAAUCAUGGGAAACCCAGCUUCUAGAGGGUUGUCCGUGGAUGUGUGUGGAUGUGUGUGUGUGUGUGUGUGUGUGUGUGUGUGUGCCCAUGGUAAGUGUUUCUCAGGAUUCCUAACUUGAUUCAAAUUACAGUUGAGUUUCUAUAAAGAAUGAGUCUCUGUAUAGAAGAACAAAUGUGUGCAUUCACCCUCGGUUAGAAUGGUCUCCAUUUCAUUUCAAAGGAGAGGAUCAGGCUAUCUGAAUAUAAACACAAUUUGAUGUUAAUUUAUUCUAAGUGCACCCUGAUCUUGAUUGUCCUAAAGAAUUCUGCCUUUGUUCAUACUGUGUUAAAUUUUUUAAAAAUUUGUGACAGGAUUGUAGCAAAUUAUUAUUUAAGGAAAAUAAAUUACAUAAAAA